CUUAAUUUCUUUGUAAAUUCAUUUUUAGGGGAGAAAUGGAAUCAGUUAUUUUAACAGCACCACACUUUCAACUCCAACCGGCAAUUCAUCAAUUAUCAAUGGAACAGUUGCAUCAAAAAAAAAUGGAACUAUACUAGGAUCAUACUAUUAUAACACUUCAACUACACUUCAAACUCCAACAGGCAAUUUUUCAACAUUCAAUGGAACAUCUGUACUAAACAGAAAUAAAACUUAUACACCAUCCUAUUAUCACACUUCAACAACACUUCAAGCUCCAACAGGCAAUUUUUCAACAAUCAAUGGAACACUUGUACCAAAAAGAAAUCAAACUUAUUAUUACACUUUAACACCCAAUUUAUCAGCAAUUAAUGGAACAUUUGAACCAAAAAAAAAUCAAACUUAUUAUUUCACAGUAACACGCAAUAUUUUAUCUGCUGAACCAGAUACAACAACUGCCCAGCCUCAAUCAACUCCAAGUUUUGGUAGAUACCAAGUAGAAAAUAACAAAACCGACGAUGAUGAAUAUAACGAGAAAAAAGCUAUAAUGGAGAAACGUCUGGAAUCCUUGUUAGAACGUAGUCAAUUUCCUAAGUUCAUGAAUGAUCCAUAUGGCUAUAAUAACACCUCAAAUGAUACGAAAGACAAAUUCAAGCCAGAAAUUACACUCGAACAUCGUAUUGAAUUCGAACCACAAGAAACAACAACAGCAACUCCAGAUUUUAGCGAUAACCAAAUGUUGAACGAAACAAUCAAUUCAACUGGAAAACAAUACCCAAAUAAAUUCCAAGUUUUAUUUGAUCUUUGGUUGCUUGAUUCUGGAAACGGUGAUAACAUGGGCAAGGUUGAUUGGAAUAAUCUUUCAAUGAGUGAAAUACCUGAGAUAAUAUAUGACGAUUAUACACUUGUUCAAAAAAAACAAACAAUCUUAAACACAUUUAAUGUUUUGAGUAAAUUUAUUGAACAAUAUGUGAGCACUGAUCAACCAGGUUCUGGAUCAUUAUUAAGAUUUUUCAAUGGAAGUACCACAAUGCAAGAUCUCGUUAUGAUUGCCAAUGUAACAGAUUUUAUUCAGCUCAAUGGAACAACUGACGAAACUACUUCCAUAACCAACUCAGAUCAAAAAGAAAUGGAAAAACAUGGACAGAAAGUAUUUCGUAAAAUAUACACUUACACUGAAGAAGAAAUAACAACACAAUAAUAAAUUUUAAGUUUUUAAUUCAACUAAAUUUAUAAUACAUAAAUUUAAAUAUAUAAAAUAAAAAGAAACAAACAAUGGGGCAAAAC